AUGCACAGUAAGGCUCGGCCGUCGACUGGUAAAAGUGCUACAAAAAAGCGUCGACAAAGUGAUGAUUAUGUUAGUAUUUUUGAUACAAAAAUGAAGUCGAAGACGACCAGUCGUAGACCACGCGCUGGUGAUGUACCAGCUCAACCUUCAAGGUCACAGGCAUCAAAGCGAGGUUUGAGUGAGUCAGGCGGUAGCCCUAUUAUUCGACCUAAGCGACUGAAAGCAAUGGUUAGUGAUGGCCGCAAGGGAGCGAAUAUACCAGGUACGCGUGAUACAUCAGCUCAGUCUUCAACGUUACCAGAUUUCUCAGCAUCGAGGCCUGCGUUUCGCCAACUAGAAUUUGACAGACUGGACAAUUAUGAGAUCAACUGCGAAAUUGAACGUCUUUCAUCGCCCUCUAUCGUACAAGAUUAUGGAGACGUACUGCCCGAUUUGCCAGAGAAUCUAUCCUUGGGUAACAUUUCUACGCCUAGCGUGUCGCUUCUGAGAUCUAAUGCGGUGACUCCGAACUUCUCGUCAGAGCAUAAUGACGCCCCUCCGGCUUUUCCCGUUCUAAGAUCUGAAAGUAGUACUCCCGACUUGCCAAGCGAUAACCAUGAUGCCCCGUCACCUCAAAAUUCACGCAAUAACUCACCUUCUCAUCAAGGAGCCACUACCACCUGGAGCUCUAACCCAAAUUCAAUGAAAACUAUCGACUUUACCACGGAACAACAACUCUUGGUGCCGCCUCCAACAGAUCCUUACGAUGCGUUCCGUUUAUUUAUUGAUGAUGAUUUAUUAGAUCUGAUUGUUCGAGAGACGAAUGCAAAUGCAGUAAGAGUGGGUGCUGCAGAUAAUGUAAAGCGCAACUCACGAAUAAACAACUGGAAAGUUUUAACUAAAGAAGAACUGAUGACAUUUCUCGGACUCCUUCUGCAUACUGGAACAAUUCGGCUAAAUCGUAUAUGCGAUUACUGGAAACGGCACUAUUUAUUUAAUAUUCCAUGCUUCGGUCAAUUUAUGUCUCGAAACCGUUUCUUGUUGAUAUUACGAUGCCUGCACUUCACGUCGGAAACAAGCGAAGAAGACCGCCUAAUAGAAACUGCUACACAGGAACUACUACUGCACAGGAACGUUAAGAAAAAACCGCAGAGAUAA